AUGAACUGGCCGUACCACCCUGUGUUCGUAUCCCGCGAUUGGAUGUCCAUCGACAGGGACAGUUACCCUGCCAACCGCGCUUUCACCGUGAACGAGAUUGAGCUGAACUUCAUGUUCGAUGCGCUCUACACUAAAGCGCCCAUUCUGUACACGAAACGCGGCGUCAUAGGCUGCUCUAUUGGCUUCUUCUGCUUGGUGUCUGCCUUGUGUAGAUUCGCCGUGAUCUUCAAGAACGCCUUCUUGAUCGAUAUGUACAUCACCUACACCUAUGCGUUGCUGAUGGCAUUCACAUGUCUCGAGCUUUAUCAGAUUACGACGUUGGCAUUUUCAGAUUGGGCAGUGGUGGAGAUGGGUAAGAACCUUGGGAUGCCGCUCUUCUCAAGGCUCCUCCCGUUUCUGGCUAAUCGGUGCAUGAGGAAGCAAAGAUGGUCGAGGUCAAUAGGGCAGCUCAAUUUGUUAAAACACUGCUUCUCAUUCCAAGAAAAGCGAAAUGCCGUCCAUGCGGUACUCCAUUGGUUUGGUAAGUGGAAGGCGGUGCGCGCAGUACUUGAUUGGUUAGGUAAGCGGGAGAUCUUCAGUUGGUAUUGGUUACACUCCCACCAGCCCAUGCCAUUGUACCUCAGAUCGUUGGUACUGCAAAAGUUGCGGAAGCUAGAGGAGAAAAGAGACUGCGGGCCAUUCAUCGAAAGAGGCAAGUGGACACUCGAGAUUCACGGCGUCCAAGAGAAACAAGCAUUGAGCGCUAGCAUUGAGGCGAAAUUUGCUAAAAGCAUCAUUGUCUGGCACAUUGCAACGGAGAUCCUGCAACCAUUGGAAAUCGAAAAAUCCGAUGCUUAUGAAGGAAGCAAAUUCUUAUCGGAGUACAUGAUGUACCUAUUUGCUCUGCAUCCUCACAUGCUGUCCCUCCCCACCGCCAACAUCACGCUGGAGUACGCUCGUCAAACACUGACGCUUUUCUUGAGUUAUCGAGACCAUAAAGAAGCAAUUAGCACACUAUCGUCGGUGGAUGGAGAUGUCACCCUUUCUGUGGCACCGAGUAAGGCGAUGAGUAACCAUCCUGACUGGCACGUGUUGUCGGAGGUGCAGAAGCUCGUGGCCGACCUGAGGACGAUGGACAACAAGUGGGAGCUCAUCAGCAGCAUCUGGGUGGAGAUGCUGUGUCAUGCAGCAUACAACUGUCAUGUGUAUCACCAUGCCAAGCGACUGAGAAGAGGGGGUGAGCUCAUCACUCAGGUGUUGCUCCUCUUGGCUCACAAGACAGACAAGUUCCCUUAUGAUUAUCCUGAACGUUGCCUUGAGAUCCCCGAAAUCUCUCUCCUUGGAAAAAGGUUCUUCUAG